CUCUACUUCGUAUUGCGUGAAUGCAAAUUCCAAGAUGAGACUACAAGGGGUGGAAACAGAGCAUAUGAAAAUCUGUUGUUGAUCAAAGACUUUCAGAAUUUUGCUCCUGACUCCUUUGCGGAUGGAAGGCCACAUCAUCACCUUUUUUCAAUUCACGUCGACCACGCCGAGUAUUGUGUAAGAUGCGCUGAACAUCUCAUUUUGCAUGAUUAUUCGCUUGUGAUGUUGGCCAGGAGCCCACCGCCGGAUCCAGCGGCGCAGGCUGCCGCUGAAGAGGCUUUCCGCAAGUCAACCAUCGAGAUAUGGACGCUCUUUGCGAUUGGAGUUUCCGCAACGGUUCUUAGGACUUCUGCCCGAGUGAGCGCUGUGGGUUUCAGGAAUCUUCGUCCCGACGACUACCUGGUGUGGGUUGGCGUUAUACUCUACGCAUGUCAAUCGGCUCUCGGGUAUAGCAUAGGCAAUUCUGCUAAGGGCCUCGCAAACAAUAGCCUGACGGACGCUGAAAGGGCUGCACUGUCCAUCAAUGAUCCAGAGUACCAAUUCAGGGUGAUUGGCUCCAAAAUACAGGUAGCCGGAUGGACGGUAUAUUCGGGCUUGAUCUCGGCUCUUAAGUUGUCGGUGCUCUCGUUCUACAUUCGACUUACGGAGGGCCUUGGCCGACGCUAUCGUAUUCAGAUUCAAAUCGGAUUCGCUCUUGUAAUCGGAACUUUUUUUGGCGCUAUAAUAACAAUCUUCACAGCUUGCCGGCCAUUCCACAGAUACUGGCAGAUUUACCCAGAUCCUGGCAACUUCUGUCAGGCCGGAGUGUCCAAGCCAAUCAUAUGGAUCUCAUUUGCGGCAAAUGUAUUGACUGACAUCUAUUUGAUAUUAAUCCCUCUUCCCAUGCUUUGGAGAUCUAGGUUGAGGAUGAUUAAGAAAAUAGCGUCGAGUAUUGUCCUCGGAGCUGGUGUGUUUGUUCUCGUCUGCGCGACUCUAAAGAGUGUUUUUGUCUUAGUCGACCCCGUCAAUGGCCCCCAGCUUGCCGGCACAUGGGGCGUCCGUGAAGCCUUCGUUGCAGUGAUGACGACCAAUCUCCCGAUGAUAUUCCCCGUCAUCCGCUCCUUGCUGACCCCGCUAUUCGGCAAGGCCCUGGCAUCGACUCAGAAGAAGUCCUACAAAUCACCAGCCGGCGUCCAGACCAUUGGCGGCGGCGGCGGUGGUUCUUCUUACAGCCGGAAUCGUCAUCGCCGUGAACCUCCAGAUACGCUCACCACCGGCUUAACACUCAACGGGAGUGAGGAACGAAUCGUGGAAUGCAACAUUAAGAUGCAGGAGUUAGAGACGUUUGCGGCGCCGGCGUCUGUGUCUGCUGAACUCCCUUCGAGGGGCAUCUUGGUCUCCAACUCAGUUGAGGUCCUGCACGAGGACAGAAGAAGCAGCCACAACGGCGAACAUCGUGUGGAGCGUGUCCGUGAAGCUUGGUGACCACCUUGCUUCAAAUGAGCUAUGAUGUCGAACGUGU